GUGGUUGAUAAACACUGAUCCAGAUGAUGAGAUAUUGUCGCUGCAAACACGAUGCUGCAUAAAGUGGGCUCAGCUUUUGUUGGCUUCAUUUGGCAAAGUAGCUGACCUCCAAGAAAAGCCAGAUGAGCAACCGCCAUCUCCCCGCCGAGGAGGAUGAUCUCUACUCUGGCUACAACGACUUCAAUCCACUUUUUGACUGCAAGGAGCUGGAGAACGAUGUGGGCUUCCAAGAAGCCAUCAGGAGCAGCCACGGAAGAAAGCCCCUCAUGCAGCCGAUUACCGGGCAUCUUCCUGACAUCACCACAGGGGGGCGACCUUUAAGUUCUUCCUCUGGAUCUAGGACCCCCAUGCUGCCCAUUAGCAGACCAGUGACAGGAGCCGUGCAGCAGAGCAGUGUCGCUCGCCCCAUGUCAGCCAUCAGUGCAGCAGGUUACUCCUCCUCCCCGACCCGCUCCUUAGCUUUUGACCCUCUGGGCCAGUCCAGAGGCCCCGCACCCCCACUUGAAGAAAAGAAAGACGACGCGUAUGUGGAGAAGAUCAAGAUGCUGGAGAAGAAAGUGAACGACUUGACAACCGAGAGCUGCAUGGCACAAAGUGUAGGAAACUCCCAACUGGCUCUGGAAAAAGCCAAAGAGGCUGAGAGGAAGGAAAGAGCGCUGGUCCGACAGAGGGAGCAGUCUGACAGUGCAGAACAAACCAACAUAGAUCGGACCUACGCUGUUCUUCUCAACCUGGCUAACCAGUAUGAAAACAAUGAGAUGUAUCCUGAAGCCCUGAGCAGCUACCAGCUCAUUGUGAAGAACAAGAUGUUUACUAACGAAGGCGAGCUAAAGGGCUGCUCUCCAGGUCGUCUAAAGGUGAACCUGGCCAACAUCUUUGUCAAGCAGAAGAACUACCCCAAAGCCAUCAAAUUCUACCGCAUGGCGCUGGACCACAUCUCGGACGACUACAAGGAGAUGAGGAUCAAGAUCAUGCAGAACAUCGGCACGGUCUUCGUCCUGUUGGGCCAGUACCCGGACGCCAUCACGUCCUUUGAGCACAUCAUGAGUGAGAGUCCCAACAUCAGGACGGGCUACAACCUCAUCCUGUGCUACUACGCCAGCAGAGACGGGGACGGCAUGAAGAUCGCCUUCCAGAAGCUGCUCUCUGUCCCGCUGGGCAUCGACGACGAAGACAAGUACAUCUCGGCUAAUGACGACAUCAAAUCCAACAUGUUGAUUGAGGCCAUUAAGGAUGACAAGCUCCACCAAAUGGAGAGAGAGUUGAAAGCUCGGGCUGAGAAGUACGUGAUGACGGCCGCCAAGCUCAUUGCGCCGGCCAUCGAGUCUUCUUUCGCUGCUGGAUUUGACUGGUGUGUUGACUUGGUGAAGAGCUCUCCGUACGUGGAGCUGGCCAACGACCUGCAGUUGAAAAAGGCCAUGACUUUCUUCAGACAGAUGCACUUUGACCAGGCCAUGAAAAUCUUAAAGGAAGUAGCCAAGCAGGACAGCAGAGUAAAGAGCGCCGCCUCGAACAACCUCUGCAGCCUCUAUAUCCUGGAGAAGGACUACGAGCAGGCUGAGAGAUACGCAGAUCUGGCCAUGAACGCGGACCGCUACAACCCAGGAGCUUUUGUGUGCAAGGGCAACACCGAGUUUGUCAAACAGGAUUAUGUGAAGGCAGCAGAGUUCUUCAAAGAAGCUCUGAGGAACGACUCCUCCUGCACCGAGGCCCUCAGAAACCUGGGUCUGACGUACAAGAAGUUGAAUCGUCUGGAGGACGCUCUGGACUGCUUCCUGAAGCUCCACGCCAUUCUCAGGGAUAGUGCCGAGGUCAUGUAUCAGCUGGCCGACACCUAUGAGCUUCUGGAGGAUCCCCAGCAGGCCGUGGAGUGGCUGAUGCAGGUCAUCAGCGUGGUGCCCAACGACCCCAAGGCUUUGGCCAAACUGGGAGAUCUGCACGACCUGGAUGGGGACAAGUCCCAGGCGUUGCACUACUACUGUGAGUCCUUCCGCCUCUUUCCUUGCAACAUGGGAGUGAUCGAGUGGCUGGCGGCCUACUACGUCCAGACGCAGCUCUACGAGAAGGCCAUCCAGUACUUUGAGAGAGCCAUACUCGUGCAGAAACAACCAGAAAGCUCUAGAAACCUACAAAGAAAUCCACCGCAGGUUCCCAGAAGACGCUCAAUGUCUGCGCUUCCUGGUGAGGAUCAGUCAGGACCUGGGCCUGAAAGAAGUCCAGGACUACACCACCAAGCUCAGCAAGGUGGAGAAGAUGAAGGAGCUGAGAGAGCAGGUGACAUCACCUUCAACGGCACGCUUUCAAAAGUAUUGGGACGGGUGGUGGCGCGAUGUCAUUUGUACUGAUGGGGGCGUGGCUUGGUAAUGUCAAUAUGACAUCAUCGUAUUUGCAUCAUUUUUCUUUAAAACAAGUUCUCCUCACAUUUAAAUACAAAUCUGUUGGUAUCAAUCUUGUUACAUGAAAUCCAUCCAUCCAUCCAUUUUCUACCGCUUGUCCCUUUCGAGGUCGCGGGGGGUCGCUGGAGCCUAUCUCAAUUAUUUUGCGGUAGUUAGUGCCGAGCAGAGGAGCCGGCCCACUAGGGGGCGAUGAAGAGCACCACUAUUGAAAUUGCUUUCUUUUCUUCUACACCUUUUUAAAACUGCCUUCACAUGCACUAAAAGUCCCCACAUUUUGUCCCCAAAACGACAUUUUAAAAUGGACUCUCUAGCGCCACCUUUAAAAGAAAUUAAAAAAUCAGCCCCCCCGGCCCCUCCUACCAGCUUCACGUAUCGACUCGAAAAUCUCAGGAGAUGUCUAUCAUGACGGGACUAAUAUAAAAGUCUCAAGACCCACACCUGAAAACUAACAGGAAGUCGGCCAUCUUAGUUUUUGGGUUCCAUUUUUUUGGGGGAAAAAAGGGGUCAUACUUUAACAAACUCCUCCAAGGGACUUUGACCAAAUGAGUCGCGGUUAAAAUGACUGAUACUACACAUAUAGACGAUGAUAAAUCGCGAACAAAUUUUUCCUACGCCAUAAGAUGUGGGCGUGGCAUGGCGGCAAACUUUGCUCCGAUGGUUUUUGGCCAUUUUUUGGCAAAAAAAAGGGGUCGUACUUUAACGUCUUUCUCCUAGGGACUUUGGCCAAAUGAGUCGCGGUUACAAUUGCUAAUAAUACACAUAUAGACGAUGAUAAAUUGCGAACACAUUUUUCCUACGACAUAAGAUGUGGGCGUGGCAUGGCGCCAAACUUUGCACUGAUAGUUUUUGGCCAUUUU